AUGACCGACGCGGCCUCCGAUCGCCUCGCGGCCAAGAGCGUGGCCUUUUUUGAUUCCAGCAAUGGCGACAGCCAGGAGCCUCAAGCGCGACCGAUGGAGGGGGAAGAGCUGAAGGACGAGGUCGGCGCCUUGGAUUUUGAGGAUUACACCGCAGGAGGCCUGGGUCGCCAUCUGGGCGUGUUCAGUACCACUUCGCUCGUCGUCGGGCGCAUAAUUGGUACGGGAAUCUUUUCGACGCCGUCUUCCAUUGUCCAUGGCCUGGGAAGUGUGGGAGCGUCGCUGCUCGUCUGGGUCCUGGGUCUUUUGCUGUCCAUGGCAGGGCUUUGCGUAUGGCUCGAGUUCGCCUGCAUGAUUCCCCGGAGUGGUGGUGAGAAGGUCUAUCUCGAGGCCGUGUACAAGAAGCCAAAGCUGCUCGUCACCACUCUGUAUGCCAUUCAGGCUAUUAUUCUAGGCUUCACAGCGUCCGGUUGCAUUGUUUUCGCUUCCAAUAUCAUAGUGGCAUCGGGUCACACUGCCACCGAAUGGCAGCAACGCGGAAUCGCCAUGGCCGUCAUGUCCUUCAUCACCGUGGUUCACAUCUUCUUUCCCAAGGUCGGCGUCCACGGCAUGAACUUCUUUACGGUUCUCAAGGUGGCUCUUCUGGUGUUUAUCGUCGUGACCGGCUGGGUCGUCUUGGGCGGCGGCGUCUCCAGCGUCAAAGACCCUCACGCCAGUUUCCGAAACGCGUUUGCUCACACCAGCAACUCUAGCAACCACUACGCCACUGCUCUGUUCAAAGUCAUCAAUUCGUACCUCGGCUGGUCCAAUGCCAUGUACGUCCUCAACGAGGUCAAGAACCCCGUGCGCACCAUCAUGAUUGCUGGCCCGCUCGGGCUGACAGUCUGCGGAUUUCUCUACGUCUUUGCCAACAUAGCCUACUUUUCCGCCGCCACACCAGACGAGGUUGCCUCGAGCGGCACAACAGUCGCCGCAUACUUCAUGGGCAAGGUCUUUGGCUCCGCGGCCGAGAGGGCCCUGAGCGUGUUUGUCGCCUUCUCCGCUUUUGGGAGCGUCAUGUCCAUCACCUUUUCCCAGUCGCGCGUGAACCAGGAGCUGGCCAAGGAGGGUGUGGUGCCUUUUCCUCGCUUCUGGGCGUCGUCGUGGCCCUUUGGCUCGCCCUCUGCAGGUCUCAUCCUGCACUACGUCCCGUCGAUCCUGGUCAUCCUCGCGGUUCCCUUUGGAAACGCCUACAACUUUCUCAUGGACCUCGAGGGCUACCCAAUGUCCGUCAUCAACUUCCUCGUGGUCGCCGGUCUCUUCUACCUCCGUUGGACCAAGCCCAAGGCCGCCCGGCCCUUCAAGGUGUGGCUGCCCAUUGCCGCCUUCUUCAUGGUAGGCCAGGCCUUCCAGAUUACCGCGCCGUUCCUGCGCCCGCCAGGGGGCAAGGGAGACACGCCGCCUCUUCCGUACUGGCUGUACUGCGUCGUCGGCCUUGCCGUCUUGUUUGUGUCCUUCCUGUACUGGUUUCUCUGGCGGGUUGUCGGGCCCAAACUGGGUGGAUACACUCUGGAGCCGCGGAACGAGCCCCUGGAGGAUGGCACCAACGUGGUUGUCUAUCACCGCGUGCCCAAGAAGAAGGUUCAAUAA